CCUAGCCGUGCGAUCAUGCCGAGAUAUUUCUUCCACAGCGCCGUCCGGCUAAACCCGACCAUCCGCUGGGCCGCCAAUUUGGGGAGUAGCAGGCAAAGGCCUACAGGAAGGAGGCGUAGAACCCUCUCCUCCUCCAGGUCUCGGCUCUCCGCCGUCGCCGCCGUCGCCAUGGGCAGCGCCUCCAAGCUGCUGUCCUCCCUCUUGCUCACCUCCUCCCCGCUCCGUCUCCGGCCCUCCGCCGCCGCCUUCGCGCUCAUCCUCUCCUCGCGCACCGCGGCAUCCCGCCGCCAACACCUGCUCUCCUCCCCCUCUCCCCUCCGCACGCUCUCCACCUCGGCCGCCGCCGCCGCCUCACCCCUCCCCUACAGCUCCAGCUCCGCCUCGUCAGCCCCACCGCUCCACGCCCCUUUCCCGGAAUGGUCCCGCCUGGUCGACCGCCUCGCGGCCGCCGGCUACGCCGCCCGCGCCCCCUCCCCCGCCGAUGAGCUCGCCGUCGCCUCCGGCAGCGGCCUGUCGGCCGAGGCGGAGUCCGCUGUGUCCUCCUGCCUGGCCUUCGCGCGCGACCGGCCCGACCUUCUCAGGUCGCUGCCAACGAUGGAUGUCGAGGUUGUGGUGUCUAACGUUGCACCGGCCCUGUUCAAGGGAGGUGAGGAAUCUGCGCAGCGGCUGCAGCAAUACCUUGCGGGUGAAGAGGACAAUGCAAUUCAAUCAGUCAGAGCGGAAACUGUGGACAUUGUUCGGUACUUGUUAAGUUACACAUACAGUUCGUCAAACAACUAUUUAGAAGACAAAGAACUCACUGAUUCAGCUGUCAGAAAUAUCUUGGCUGAGCUAGUUAAUUCUAGUGGACUUGCCCACACCUCCAGUUUCGUGGAGUCAACAGUUGAGAGUCAACCUGAACGAUUCUCUAGGCAUCCAGGGCAAAAUGUUGAGAUGAAACGUGGUGACUGGAUUUGCACAAGAUGUAGCUUUAUGAACUUUGCAAGAAAUGCGAGGUGCCUUGAGUGCAAUGAGCAUCGGCCAAAGAAGAUGUUGACUGGCGGAGAGUGGGAAUGCCCUCAGUGUGAAUUCUAUAAUUAUGGGAGGAACAUGUCAUGCUUAAGAUGUGCUUGCAAAAGACCAGCGACAACUGCAUCUGCUGGUACUGGUUUAGGCGGUGUAGCAGAGCUUCUUAGUGGAACUAAUGCUGGUAGAUCUGAAAUUGAGAGAAAACUCGCUGAAAGCGAUGAGAAGGCAGAAAGGUGGUUGAGCAAAGUAUCUCAACUUGACGAUUCUGCUGAUUUAAGUAGUCUGGCAACUGAUGAGGAUUUUCCUGAGAUUAUGCCUAUGAGGAAGGGAGUCAAUAAAUUUGUAGUUAGCACACGGAAGACACCAUUGGAGAGAAGAUUGGCAAGUGCACAGUACAGCAGUAACAAUAGCCCUCAAGCAACAGCAUCCGACUCCAAGAUUAGUCAAACUUUAGACAGGAUACUUGGGCGUUCGGCAUCUACUUCUGCCCCAAACAAUCAGUCUGAUAAUGGGGGUGUAAAUGCUGAGACUCCCAGGAAAUUAACAGGCCAUCUUGGUGAUAUCGACCCCGUUCCUUUUGUGCCAUUAUCUGCUGAUCUGUUUACCAAGCCACAGAAUGCAAAGAGUAAUGAACAGGCAGAUAGGGACUGUCAAAUAAAUAAGGAAACUGGUAGUUCCACACCCGAUAUCCCACAGGCCUCAACUGAGAGGAAAGAUGUUGACAAAUCAUUAGAUACUGCUGAGAAAUGGUCCAAGAAAGUCGCAGAACUCGACAGUGUAAAUGACCUUUCAAGUGCUAUUUCUGAUGAAGACUUUCCUGAUAUUAUGCCAAUGAGGAAGGGUGAGAACCGGUUUGUUAUUAGUAAGAAAAAAGACCGCUCGCUGACAUCACCACAGUACCAGAGGCGCAGUGUGCUUGAGCAGGCUAACAAUUCCGAUUUCGUCCCAUUUGUUCCGUUUCCUCCUGAUUAUUUUGCCAAGAAAGAUGCGCCAUCGGAGAGUACUCCAGAUACGGGAAUAGUUUCAGAAAGUUCUCCAUCAGCUGAUAAGCUGCCAGAAACAAAUGCUCCAUCAAGACAUUUGGGAAAUAACCCAAACACCUCACAGGUGAUUGGCCCUCAGGGAAGUAGCAUCACGAGUAAUGAGAACUGGAAUAGGAAUUACUCUCAGCAGAGCUCGAGUCCAGGUAGUUAUACACGUGGUGGAAGCAGCAGCCAGCAGUAUCAACAGCAACCUUAUGAAAUGGGUGAUCGAUCUACUGGUACACCAAAUUCAGGCGCCUGGAACCCAAACUACUCCCAGGGGACGUCUACUGAUGUCAGAGGAGGAUCUAGCUACUAUAAGCGUCAACAGCAACCCCAUGAGGGCGGUGAUCGAUCUCGUGAAACUUCAAAUACUGGUGCUUUGAACACAAACCACUCCCCGGGGAGGUUUAAUGAUGUCAGAGGUGGAUCUAGCAACUAUCAGCAUCAACAGCAACCUCAUGAGGCGGGUGGUCGAUCUAGUGGAACUUCGAAUACUGGUGCUUGGAACACAAACUACUCCCAGUCCCACGGGAGGUUUAAUGAUGGCAGAGGUGGAUCUAACAACUAUCAUCAUCAACAGCAACCUCAUGAGGUGGGCGAUCGAUCUAGUGGAACUUCGAAUACUGGUGCUUGGAACACAAACUACUCCCAGUCCCAGGGGAGGUUUAAUGAUGGCAGGGGUGGAUCUAGCAACUAUCAGUAUCAGACACAACCUCAUCAGGCGGGUGGUCCAUCCAGUGGCUCUUCGAACACUCUGAACACAAACUACUCUCAGGGGAGCUUCAACGAGGGUCGAGAUACAUCUACCUACAAUCAGGGAAGCUAUCCCACACAACCGUCUUAUACGCCUGGCUAUAGUAAUCACAGCAACAGCAAUGCUUGGAGCAGCAACAACAACCAAAAUUGGAGUGGUUCACAUCCUGAUAGUAGGGUUUCUACUACUGGCAUUGGUUCCACUAACCCUAAUCAAGCAACAGGCUACUCAAGCUACGGAGGUGGAGGUUAUACUGGAAAGAGCUUAGAAGGCUCUGCUGUGAAGGACCCUGAUCCUCUGGACAUGUCCGAGGAAGCCAAGGCCGAGAGAUGGUUCAGGAGGGCAGCCCAGAUCAAGGACAUCUCCGAGCUCGCCAACAUUCCCGACGAGGACUUCCCUGAGAUAAUGCCGAUGAGGAAGGGUGUGAACAGAUUCGUGGUGAGCAAGAGAAAGACGCCGUUGGAGAGGAGGUUAACCUCUCCUCAGUACAGAAGGAACCUACCGAUUGUAAGCUCUGAGCCGGACAAAGAUGCUAGCUGAAAGCAGAUAUAGUAUCUACUACCUCUGUACCGAAAUACUUGUAGUUGGGGGAACUUGUACUAAUUUCCUCCAACUACAAGUAUUUUGGUCGGAGGGAGUAUCUAUCUAUUCAAUGCAAGGAUGAAGAGUUUACACAAGGAUAUAUACUUCUACUUCCGAUGGUGAUAAUAAGCAGCAAGGUGAAAUCCACGUGGAGGAAAUAGUUGGACUCCCAGAACAUUUUUCUGUAUCCUAAAGUUUUGUCCUCGACCAUUAGGGAUAUUUUGUUUUGCUGGGUUACAUUUGUAUCAGUUGUAUGCAUGUGUUGUUGUACCUGAAACCCUGAUGCAAUCAUCAAAUAAUUUGUACGUUGGAUUCAAGCAUCA